CCAGUUUAGAGACCAGUGAGGAAACGGGUGCCUGGGUCUGCGUUAGUGUUUGUCUUGGCUUCAGGGUUCUGUUCCAGUCUCUGAGGAACGAUGGGAGAUGUAGCUGAGAUCCAGAUAACACCAGAAACUCCGGCGAGACCCGGCUUCCUUAACCCGUUUGAGAGUCCUACCGACUACCACCGCCUACACGAGUCACUGGUGCCCAGUCCUUCUGUGUUUAAGUGCUCCAGGCCCUCCUCAGCUACACCGGCAAAGUUCAAAUGGUCCAUCGAUGAAAUGGCAAGCCUCCUCCCGGUGCACAUAGACCCGGAGGAUAUUCACCGCCAGGCUUUAUUCAUGAGCCAGACUAGGACGGAUGCUGAAAUUGAGCAAAAGCGUCAAAAUGCGAUUGAACAAUUUUUCACUAAAGGUACCAUAGUUCCGUCGCCAUGGGGACCAGUGGCGAGUAAACAGCAAAUCGUGCUAAGCCAUGAGAAACUUUCAGCUUUGUUGUCGCCUCUUCCAUCAGAGGAACAUCCCUCGGCUAAGAAAACACAUGCAUCCUCUCAGACGACUCUGUCUUUACCUGUGGACUUUGAUAUCGAAAAAGUAUUAGGUGAUUACUAUAAGACGGACGAGGUCUCGGACCAGGUCCAGGAGAGCCUGAGCUCCUCCUCCCUGAGGCGGAAGCUUUUCCUGGAUGGCCAUGCCAGCGGCUCGGAUUCAUCCAGCCCUCCCAGCCCGGAGAGAGAGACGCACGCUGGGAGAAGGGAGACGAUGUCAUCGGUCAUUGUGUCACCUGCAAAGUGUGGGAUCAGUAACGCCGCAACGCCUUCGUCCGGUCAGUUCUCAUCCAGUCCUAUCCAGGAACGAGGUCGUGCUUAUAGUCUGGGCAGCGUGACCAGCCCCAUGUUCCCAGAACGCUCAUCUCCUCUGUUUAAGUCCCCCACCGUGUCCCCUAUUGUUCUGCAGCACUCGGUUACACCUCAGUCAGGUGAGCGGAAGCGACUGUCCUUCUUGUCUCCUGAUGGUCUUCCUUCCUGUAGCCAGAACGCGGCCGCAAACCGGUGUGGCGAGAGCCCGUACGUGGAGGGAUGUUCUCCCAUCCGCAGCUGCUCCCCAAUCCACCCUCACUACAGCAGCAGAUCCUCCUCCGUCCUCCAGGAUAAGGAGGACAUCUCCCCUAGCAAGCCUUUACCCGCUAUGGAGCUGGACUCCUGCUCGCCCAGGGUCUUUGAUGCACGUGACGAGAGUCGAGGGUCAUCGACCGACUCGGACAGGAUGGAGCAGAGCAAGCCACACGAGGACAAGCUGGAACGGCAGUCACCUCUCCCAUUCCCUGUAGACGAGGAGGAAGAGGAAGAAGUGCCGAGCGCAGAGGAGUUCUGUCGCCUCAGCGGCUCGAGGACGGGGAGCGUGUCCAAUGCCGAGAGCACCCGCAUGUUCGUGUCGCUGCUGGCUGAGGGGAGCAUGGUGCCCUAUGAUGUUAGCAUGCAGGUGGACAGCGGUUAUAACACGUACUCCACGUGCACCACCAGCCUAAUGGAUGGCAUCAGUACAGACAGCCAGAGCAAGGAGCCGCAGGACACACACACGACCGAGGAGGGACUCACUCACUCUAAACACACUAAGUCGAAGCUGUUAUUGCCAUCCCACUGAACACGAGGGACGGAUCAGGGACUUCAGGUCUUUCCUCUCUUCUCCCAAAGCUCAGAAGAACUGUUUACCCCGGUGCUUUUAUACCCAAUCCCCAUGCUGUUAUACAGUGAAGUCUUGCACAGGUGCCUUUUUUU